ACUCCUUCAGUAGUUCAGCGCCAGCCGAGCUCACUUCAGGAGGUACCUAUUUGUGUGACUGUCAGGGGUUUUAUGGUUCACUUUGGAAAGUUCAUGGUUGGCUUUACCUGUUUUCCACUCUGGACUUUCGCUGUAUGUUUGAGUACGGCAGUGUGGGCGAAGCCUGUUGGAGGUCAGCCUCGUGUGAUCGGGUCACUUCAGCCAAUCAUCGCUGCUCCGGGUGAUGACGUCAUCCUGCCGUGCCACCUGGAUCCUGCUUACAAUGUGGAGGAUCUGACGGUGGAGUGGUCGAAGCCAGAUCUCAAGCCCGACCCCUCUGAUCGUCUGAGCCGGGUCGACUACGUGCACGUUUACAGGGACGGACGUGAAAACCUGGACAUGAAGCUCCAGUCGUACUUCGGCAGGACGAUGCUGUUCACAGACAAACUGAAACGUGGAAACAUUUCUCUGAAGAUCACCAACGUAACACAGGCUGAUGGAGGGAGAUACAAAUGUUUCAUCCCCAAGUUAAACAGCCAAGUGAAGGAGUCGAUUGUUCUACUUAUUGUUGAUCCACACUUUGUUAAAUCCUCGACAACAGAGACGCCGCUGCUUCCCACAAAUGUCCAAACUCCUGAUCCAAAGGAGGAGACGGAUGUUAAAGGUGGUCGAUCCCAUCUGGGAUUUUGGAUCCCAGCUGUGGCUUUCUGCAUCUUACUUGUCCUGGGUGUUGGAGUUGGUGCUGGAUGUGUGUUUAAACAGAAGUUUCACAAAGUAAAUGUGAUGGAGAAGGAAAGCAAACAACUUGUCCCAGUAUGAUGUCACUCCAGAUGAGCCACUUCCAGCCAAAGUGUCUUCCUAAAGAGCUCGUUAGUAUUUGAUGUUAACGGAGAUGAGAGUGUUCUGCACAUCUCCCUCUCUUGGAUCUUCCUCAUCAGUUCAGGGAUUCAGACCAGCAUCACCUCCAGCCAGAAGUGGAUCCACUGGAUCAGCAGGAGGGAGCUCUUCAUGAUGGACACAGAUUACCAUCAAAAGGAACAUUAACAAUGUUGAAGGAGACUUUUUAAACCAUCGACAGAGACAAUGAACUGAUUAGUAAAGUGUUUACUGAGGGAAUAAAUCAUUAGAGAAGUAGGCUCACUUUCUCACUGACUUCAAUACAAUCUAACUGUUUUUGC